AUGAAGCUCACCAGUGCCUUCAUCCUGGCCACUGCCGCCCUCACCUCUGCCACGGCCAUUGAGAUGGAUCCAGCUGCCCCAGCCAAGCACGACGACCUCCACAUCCAGUUCUCCCACGACUACGACUGCAAAUGGCGCCACCACGGCAAGGGUCCAUCCCACCAGCGCCCUGUCGAGAACACACUGAACAAGAAUCCCGACCUGCCCAAGUGUGGCAGCGGCGACUACAAGGACGUCUCCUUCAAGUUCGACAAGAAGGACGAGAAUGGCAAGUGCUUCAGCCCCAAGGACCUCAAGUUCCCCAAGGACCAGGACGACUUCCACAGCUUCUCCUUCUGUCUGCCCAAGCGCCUGGAGAAGGACGGUUGCAAGUUCUUGAUCCACGACGAUGUUCAUUGCGAGGGCGAACCACUCCACGUCAUUGACACCACGAACAAGGACAGCAUGAAGCCUGGCCAGUGCCUCAACGUCGACGAUGGCUGGCAAGAGGUCACUCACCUCAACGUCGGCGGCGCCAGAUCCAUCCGCAUCGAGUGCCCCGCAAAUCUCAAGAACACUGUCUGCGACCCCAAGGACCUCGAGGAGGCUGAUCAGUGGUUCGACGACAAGCUUUGA